UGUGGAGCAGCCGGCAGCGCGCACACACACUCACACACUCUCACACAGCCACACACACUCACACUCACUCUCGCACACACACUCGCGCGCGCAACAAAGCAGGCAGACAAGGGAGGCGGGUGAUAAAGAAAAGAACAUCACAGAGGAAAAACAGCGUUGCUGCACCUGGACUUUUCGGAUACUGCAGUCUGCCUGGAGUUUGUGCCGUUUCCUGUGUGCCUCGUAACCUCACGGCUCACGUCUGGUCCUUCUUGCGGAGGGUUUGAGUCCCGUCAGCUGCGCGUGCAGAGAACCAAAUCCGACGACUGUGUACAUUGCCGCUUUGUGCAUCCGCCAGACGGGAACAAAGUGUGCGACUGGGAUAUCUGACAAGCUCCUCUGGGAACCGACGCUGCACCGACUGUCAGAGAGAGAGAGAGAGAGUGAGAAAGAAGGAGCAAGAUAGAUAGAAAGAGAGAGAGAGUCAAAGUCAGGGCAUGAGCAGGAGACUAGAAGCCGGUUUUCCGGAGAAGUGAUCGCCACAGUGCCCCCUCCUCUUCCCUCACCUCCUUCCUUCCUUCUCUCCUCUCUCCUGUGCCGCUGCUCCUUGUUUCUUCGCGCACACCUCCACUGCUAUCCCAUCCUCGUACCUCCGCUCUCCUUCCAUAACCUCCUCCUUCCCUGCUCCCGAAGACGGCGAGAAGAGGAGAGGCACGGCACACGCACACUUGCCCGUGUGCCGUAUCAUCUCAUUCUCUCUCUCCAUCCUUCCUCUGGCUCCGUCCCUCACACGGAUCUAGCCUCUAGCUGCGGAACCACAAGCGGAGGCUUUUUGAGUUGUUGGAUCCCACACGCGAGUCUCUGUAUCCAGACACAGCCAGAAGGAUUCCAGCUACAUGGGCAAACGUUUGGAACAGCAACCAAUGUACCCCCAGUACACUUACUAUUACCCUCACUACCUUCAGACUAAGCAGUCAUAUGCCCCGCCCCCUCCUCCCAUGGCUCCGCCCAGCCCCAGCACCAACAGCAGCAGCCACAGUGCAGCGGAGCAGCUCAGUAAAACCAACCUGUACAUCCGGGGCCUUCCGCCUGGCACCACCGACCAGGACCUCAUCAAACUCUGCCAACCGUAUGGAAAAAUAGUGUCAACAAAGGCAAUCCUGGACAAAAACACCAACCAGUGCAAAGGAUAUGGCUUUGUGGAUUUCGACAGUCCGGCGGCGGCACAGAAAGCUGUAGCGUCCCUCAAGGCCAGUGGCGUGCAGGCACAGAUGGCAAAGCAACAGGAGCAGGACCCCACUAACUUGUACAUCUCUAACCUCCCGGUUUCAAUGGAUGAACAAGAGCUGGAGAACAUGCUGAAGCCCUUCGGACAUGUCAUCUCCACACGGAUACUCCGGGACGCCAACGGGGUCAGCCGAGGGGUCGGCUUUGCCAGAAUGGAGUCCACCGAGAAAUGUGACGUGGUGAUUCAACAUUUCAACGGAAAGUUCCUGAAAACCCCACCAGGAGUACCAGCCCCGACGGAGCCGCUGCUGUGCAAGUUCGCAGAUGGAGGACAGAAGAAGAGGCAGAGUCAGAGCAAGUACCCUCAAAAUGGCCGACCGUGGCCUCGGGAAGGAGAGAGUGGCAUGGCGCUGACCUAUGACCCCACUGCAAUGCAGAACGGGUUCUACUCCUCACCAUACAGCAUCUCCACAAACCGCAUGAUCGCUCAAACAUCAAUCACUCCAUUCAUCGCAGCCUCUCCUGUCUCCACAUAUCAGGUCCAGAGUACGUCGUGGAUGCCUCACCAACAGUACGUUAUGCAACCUACGGGUGCUGUGAUAACGCCAGCCAUGGACCACACCAUCUCCAUGCAGCCCGCUAACAUGAUGGGACCCCUCACCCAGCAGAUGAACCACCUGUCCCUGGGUACCACUGGCACUUACAUGACUGCGGCUGCUGCUCCUAUGCAGGGGACCUACAUUCCCCAGUACACUGCGGUGCCUGCCUCAGCUGUCUCAGUGGAGGGAGUGGUGACGGAGGCUUCUCCACAGAGCGUUCCGCCCUCGUCGCAGGACGCCAGCGGCCAGCAACAGCCUCUGGGCGUGGACAACACCAGCGAUCACGCGCCCACCUACACUUUUCAGCCCGCUAAAUAACCAGAGGAGGAAGGGGGCGUUGAGGUGACUGCGUUGCCUUGAGACUGGGGGACUGCAACGAGGGAACAUUGAAGACAGAGCGCAAGAGAUAGGAAAACACGUUUGUGUCUACUUUUGCACAAGCAUCUACAAAAAAAACAACUACAACAAACAAACAAUUUAUUUAACACCUGGCCCACACCGGAGGACCUUUGAAGAACUCACAACCAGACCGAGAGAAACGAGAGAAAUGCAGUCUGGGAGAUGGAGCCUACUGUUAAUCGGCUACUCGAAAAACUUUACCUUCAUGAAGUGAACGAAUUCAAACAAGUACAAGUUUUCCUAUUCUUUUUUUUGAAUGUGCAGGUAGGUUUUCAGAAAACAGUGGGUUUUUCUAUUAGACGAGGAAGCACGUUCUUGUAAAACAAUGAGAGAAGGAGCAAAAGAAGUCUUCCUCGGAUUCUAAGCUACUAUUACUUUUCUUUUUUUAUGAGUUAGAUUUUAGUUUUCUAGAGAAUAUCAAUGUUUUUUCAUCUUUGUUGCCUUAAUUUCAAGAAACAUCUAAGACUUUUUCCUGUUUGAACUGAACAGACUGACGAAUGCAGUGAAAAUGACCUGACAAAGAACGGAAAUUACCUGUAUAAAGCAUAGAAAGAAACAGAGAGGUCUCUUCGAGACGUUUUAAAUUAUCAGUGGUGACUUUGUGUUUAAAAGAGAGGACAGACAAACAAACAAAAAAAUAUUGUGGUCAUGAUAAUGAUGAUGAUGAUGAUGAUGAUUAAAGAGAGUUGCAUUUUUUUAGAAACAGAGGAAAAAAAAAAAAGUUAAUCCACUGCAUCAUGGGAAAUGCAGUUUAUUGUGUAGUGCAGAUCAUUUUUAAUGGCAUUAUUGUUUUUAUCUGCAAUAUUUUUUAUGAGCUUUAAGGUGUUUUUAGCCUGCUUUGCUUGUUUCAUUGCGGAAAAAAAGAAACUAAAACAGUAAAAAAAAAAAAAUGGCAGUGCAAAUCUAAAUAGAUAAGAGCUUAUGGAUUAAAUCAAAUCGAAAAAAGCAAAUGUGUGCAAAAAGCAAUAGUAAUAGGAAAUUGUUGACAAUUUCUUUAGUCUUUCUUAGCUGUGGAUCAAAUGCAGCCCAUGGAUGGCAUAUUUUAUACCAAAGAUGAAGAAACCCCCCUCAAGACAGUGGAGUGGAUCGAUUUUUCGUUUCUUUUUUUCUAUUUGAGAUUUUUUGGCGUAACCAUUUGGUUUCAGAAGUAUCCGUUUGACCUUGACGGCCAAAUUGGUACUUUUAAGGUUUAAACUUCCUUCCACUGUUGCAGAAUCUAUGUCAAUCGUUCAGUUGAGAGGCAGAAAACCACCAUAGCUGAUUCUCAUGAGUGUGAUCUCCCCAGCAGAGGGCGUCCGAGAGCGGCUGAACCGUCAAUCAUCUCCCGUCUGCCCGGCUGAAUGAACUAUACCUCUAUCGCUGCACCUUCUCGGUCGGUCGCUAUUAAACACUUUUACACGUCCGUUCGGUUCGAGCUUUCUCGCAGAGAAGGCCGUUUGCAUCAUUUCAGCUCAACGGGAAGGAAUCAAAGCACUCACUAGUGUGUAUUUAAACUCUGUGUACAGAUCACUACCUCAUCGAAAGCAAUUUUACCAUGAGGAAACACAGGAGAAUGUGUUGCAGGUCAUGAAACACAAGCUUGCUUCAGGGGCACUGAGAAACGCAUUAGAAUGACGUGUUGUUCUGAGCACUCCGUCCACAUUUGCAGUUGCGUCGAUCGAAACGCCUCAUGUUAUAUGCAAGGUUUCCCUAAUCAACCAGAUGCCAUAGGAAAUCUCUCAUGGCGGUCUUUACUUGAAAAACAAAGGCUCUGUCUCAAAACCCCAUGCGGUCGAGGCCACAUUUUGGUGCCACUGUUCCAGUUAGUCAUUCGUAAAAUUCGUACAGCAUUUGGGACAGAGCCUAAGGUUCAAAUCAUUGUGGGAUUCGGCGGUUGCUCAGGUGCCUUGACAGCUCGGAAUUAGGGUUAGAAAUAUCACCUGUGACAUUUCGACCUUCCAUAUCAGAAUUCUGCUUUCUUUUUAUCAGGCUGCCCAUUCCAGAGGGGGGAAACUAGCAAAAUGAAGAGUAGAAAGAGGAAUCAUUUCACAAAUUAAAGGGAUAGUCCAUAUAAAAAUGAAAGACACAGUAAAACUGUUUGGUUACCAACAACAAAUCUUCAUUUUUAGACAGACGAUCCCUUUAAUAUAAAAACAAGGCUGCUGUCCUUUAUUUACCAUGAAGUGGAUGUUAUUUUGAUGCGAUCUGAUAGAAAGCGCUAAUUUAAGACGUAAGCAACGAGUUUCAAUACACAUGGUGAAUUAUGGAUUGUCUUUGCUGCCUUCAUGGUCAUACGGCUCAUAAAUACGCCUCCUAGUUUUACAUUCGGGUAAUUAGAGUUGUCGAGUUGCUCUGGGGAAUAAAUUCAUCUGUCAUUAAAGGGCCAACGAGAGACAUCGAGAUCAUCAUGGAUGAUGCUUUGGUCCUUUUCCCCUUGCAUUCCAACAACAUGACCUCUAUACAACUACGUAAUGAUCUCAAUUAGCCACUAGGGGACAGUGUUAAAGCAAAGUUGGUGUACUAUGGCACUGUGGAUUAAGUUUGUAAUGACCAAGACAGCACUGCUUCAAGGACAACAAGCUAGCUUUUCAUUUUCACCUGUUUAAACAAACAAAAAAAAAAAGUUAAAAUAACAAAAAAAGUCACUGUGUUUGUGUGUUAUCCACUGUCUUUUUGGAGAGUUCUUUUUAUCAUGUGCUCGCUGCUAUCAAGCAUUCAGUAUUUAAGUGGUCGGGGCCUUUGGGAAUGGAGAGAAAAUUGGGGCGGGUGUCUCAUAUGAGAGGUCACUCUGCAGCCUUCAGUUCAUGCUUUUCAUUAAAGAGUGAAUAAAUGUGUCCGAUUAAGCUGAAGGUUUUGCUAACUGUAGGAUGGAGUUCUCAUCCCAACUGUAAUUUAGUAAGCUAAACACCUUUCAUCCACUCUGGUUAGAAACUCUGUGCUCCCAUUCAUUGGAUGUGAGGUCCAAGCCAUGCAUUUCUAUCUGUACAUCUGAUUGGCUGUCACGGUUGAGGUCACUGAAUGACGAACGUUCGUUCGUUUGUUCGAAGGACUGUCAGGAAACAGCGUUGCUACGUUCAACCAAAUUCAACACAAACGGCAAAACCUCAAUUAGACACUAACGUACUGGCAGAUGAAAUAGAGAAAUAUUUAUGGAAAUGUUUUUUUGUACAGGUGUUGUUGAAAUAUGAAAGCAGAACCGUUUUACGAUGCUACAAUGAUUUCUUGAGUUGCUUCACUUUCUUGCCUCCCAUGUGCUCGAGCUGUGAUCCUGAGAGUGUCUGUAGACCAGUGGAUGUUAGGUUUAAACUUCUGUUUAUUUUUUUUUUCUUUUGAUGAAGCUUUCAAUAAAAAAAUCUACAAAAUCACGCCA